AUGUACGAUAUGGGAAUGGCACGAGCGUAUCUGGAUGAGGAAGGCAACCACCGACCACCUCGAUCUCACGCAGGAAUGAGAGGCACGGAAGAGUGGAGCAGUCUUAAUGCUGAGAUAGGGCGAGAUCAGGGCCGAGUUGAUGAUCUAUGGGGAUGGUUGUAUUGCCUCAACGAAUGGGUAAACUGCCGAAGCCAAAAACCACAAGUAUGGUCCGCCUACGAUAAGGAGCCCAAUAUCCGGUAA